AUGGGGACCGUGGUGAACUCUAGGACAAGGAUAAGAGACAGACCGUUUCGGAGUUUUCCAAGACACAAUGGAUUGAACUGGGACAACGAGAUUUUCAGCGUGGAGAGCAGUUAUAACCACCGCCCCGGCGGGGGCGGUGGUUUUGGCACCUUGCCCGUGCUGGGCGGUUCGAGCGACUUCAAGGAACAGAGGGUCUUUAAACUGGAACCGAUAAAAGAGACGCCUGGAGACCACUCGACUCCCGAGCUGCAAGUGCAAGACAGCGCUUUGGCCGAGACAGGUGCAAGGAGCCCCGAGAUCGCCAGUCUGACCGCGUUCAAGGGCAAUCUCAGGAAAAGAUGGACCGACAAGAUGUGUGCGAUUACGAAGAAGCUGGAUUUCUUGCAAUCCAAGAUGUUCGAUCUCAUCUGGGUGUCGAUCCUAUACCUCAACUACUUGUACCCCCAGAUUUCCAGAUUUGUUGAGUAUGUUUCACAGGGUGUUCCUUUUUAA